AAUCAACUACUAGCACCACUUUUUCUUACCGUUAUCCUCCACUCCCAAAUUCAAUUCUUAUCAAUAACCUUUCUGCAUCAUGUCUGUUCCUGCUAUUGAGAGUCUCUCCGACUUCCGAGCCCUCAUCGACUCGGGCGAUGUGGUAAUUGUCGACUUCUGGGCUACAUGGUGUGGUCCUUGCAGAAUGAUCAGUCCAAUCUUCGAAAAUCUGGCCUCUAGUAUUGAGUCGAGCGCGAUCAAGUUCGCUAAAAUCGAUUCUGAUACCCAGCCUGACAUCGCCGAAGAAGUUGGAAUCAGAACCUUGCCUACUUUCAUGGUGUUUAAAAAUGGCCAGAAAGUGGACGAACUGGUGGGUGCUAGUCCCCAAGGCCUGCACGCGCUUAUUCAGCGCCAUGCAUGAGUCUGGUAAACUAUAUACUACUCUGUUGUGCUAUGUAUUUGAGCAAGAAGGGCCUUUGUGUGAAGCGAGAUGAGAUUGCUAUAUCUGAUAUGUGUACAUGUCUUGAAUCACUUGCUGGUUCUCUUCUCACUUGGUUUUGUUGAUAGCCCAAGUUUCGAUUCUUAUACCAGGAACUAAACGUAAUAUACAUACGAUAACUGAUCUCGUUUAGUGGUAAAAGAAGAUCUAAAUAUACUAAUAGCUGUC